AUGCGCUUCCUAUUCGCUUUUGGCUUCGGCGUGCUCCUGUGCCUGCUCCUGGCUCAGGAGGGCAGUGGGGCGUCCUCCACCACCUCCACCUCCUCCUCUGCCAGCACUACCACUACCACUGCCUCCUCGGCCACCACCACGACCACCGCCGCCUCGGCCACCACCACGACCACCGCCGCCUCGGCCACCACCACGACCACCGCCUCCUCCUCCUCCUCCUCGUCCUCUUCCUCGGCGGCUGCCAGGAGACGCAGGCGUGCCCGCCGCCGUCGUCUGGCUAGGGAGCGCCAGCGUAGGGAGCGCAGGAGGCAGCGCCAAGCUGAGAGACUGCGCCUGCAACUGGAGAACCAGCGCCGCCUGAUCAAUCAGCUGCGCGGUUAAAGAUCGCUUUGGAAACAUUUUCCUAUCUACAAAGUACCCACACGCCCUAUUUGAGAAUAUUAAAAAACUCCAUUAAGUUGCUUAAACUGCACACAGAACCAUUUAUAUUUUGAGUUUAACAGCUGAAAUAAAUACAUGUGAGAAUGCUAAGGCCGAGUAUCUCGACUAUCAGAUACCCGUUUCUCAGCUUUUAAGUUGAAAA